AUUGCCCUCAGAAUUUACACGAAAGUUAAGAGGACUAAUUAAAGCCUUAACCCCCUCUCCAUUCUUCCUCAACGAAGCUUAAACCCUAACCUCUUUGCAACCAACCAAAACCCAUGGCAAGUAACGGCGAAAGCUCUUCAACUCCGCCUCAAUCGACGACCGAUAAGCCUGUGAUUGUUAGGGUUAAGCGCAAAGUCUCUCAGUUUCGUCUUGAUGCUUUCUGGCUGGAAAUCAAUGAGAGACCUUUGAAACGCCCCUUUUCUGAUUUUGAGAAACUAUCGAUAUCUGAAUCGUCCCAAAGAGAGGAGUUGAAGAGUAAGAAAGUAUUUGUGCGGCAUGUGGAUACACUGACAAGCUCUCAGGCUACAGUUGAUAUUGUGCAAUCUUUUAUACCGAAUUCUGCUGAUGUUACUGACGGUAAUACAAAGAGUCAGGAAGGAAGGCGCCCUCAGAAAACCAAUUAUCGUCAAGAGCAGCUAUCUAAAUCCAUCCAAAAGCAAGAGGAAAUGGCAAAAAAUGCUCGUUUUGAACAAAUAUGGAGGAGCAGAAGAGGUAAAAAAGAGGCAGUUGAUGAAAUGUACCAUUUCUAUGAUGUUCUUCGUGUUGAGGUUGAGGAAAAGUCUAAUAGCAUGCAAAUUGAAGAGGAAUCCUUGGAAGAUCGCGAGCUUUUAUCUAGUUAUUUGCCUCUAUUAAGAGAGUUUAUCCCUGCAGCUGCUGCUGAAAUUGAAUCUGAUAUUCGAGCUUACAUGUUUGAAAAAGAUGCAGAUGGAUAUGUGUAUGACUACUACACUGUGAAGAAUGACAUGGAUGUAGGUGAGGAGGAUAUGGCUUCAAAUCCAUUCCCACUGGUAAAGGUGGAUGAUGAGGAUUUCUAUGAUGUGCCAUAUGAGUCAGAAUAUGAUAGUGAAGAUUCAAAUGCUGAAGAUAAUCCAAGAAAUGAUUAUCCUGAUGAAUCAUCUGAAGAGGAGGAGGAGGAAGAGGAUGAGGAUGAGGAGACUAAAGCGUCUGAUCAAUCAGGAGAAGGAAGUAGCAAAUCUUCAGAAGUUGGGAGCGUGAGUGGCUAUGAUGAAGAAGUUUUAUAUGAAGUUGAUCCCUAUGAUGAUAUCAAUGGCGAUUCUAAUCAUCUUGGUCAUGGUAAUAGCGAUUAUGAUACUGACGGUGAAGAUUGGAGAUGGUCUUACAGAUGAAAUCUGGCUUUUUUUGGCAACUAGAGUGGUCUGUUUGGACAUCAUUUUGCUUCCUAUUAUCUCUGUUCAUAAUUAGAUCCAAAUGGAUUCAGUGUUGGAAAGACCUCACCUUGGAGGACCUGUAUAGUUGCUAAUAUCAUAGUUCUGGUGUUUUUUCCAUGUUAA